AUGAACACCCUCUACUGUAACAACUCAUCACUUCCACCUCAAUAUGUUCCUUUUCCACAAACUGAGGUUUUUUCGGAAUACGACCGUCCUGCUGUUCUUGAAGGCAUUGCUGCCGUUGUCGGAGAACGUGUGUUGUUUGGAACCACGGUGGUGGAUAAGCAAGCAGAUUCUGUUGUUGAUGUCAGGAAAGAAACGAAAUCUCGGUCGGUGAGUACCGGUGGAAGUGUGGAAAAAAGUUAUAGAGGGGUGAGAAAGAGGCCUUGGGGGAGAUGGUCAGCGGAGAUACGUGACAGGAUAGGACGGUGCAGGCACUGGCUAGGGACGUUUGAUACAGCAGAGGAGGCCGCGCGUGCUUAUGACGCUGCGGCAAGGAGACUAAGAGGGUCAAAAGCCAGGACCAACUUUGAGAUACCAUCGGUGUUCCCAUUGUCUACCAACGCUACACCACCACCGACAUUAGUUAAAGCAAAAAAGAGGAAGUCUGGAAGUUGUAGUAAUAGUAGUAGUAGUAACACUAGCAACAAGUGUCACGUGGUGACUUCAGUGAGUCAACUUUUUAGUACUACUGGUCCGAUGGCGAUAGGGAAGAAGAUGAACCCUAGCAUUUCCACCAAUCAAGCAAUUGACCAUAACGAUGUAGAACUCGAUUUGAAUCUUGGUGGUCCUUUGAAAACACGAGCGCUUUAUUAG